UAACAGCCGUCAAAAGACGAGAAGAAGCAUUUCCGAGCCCUUUCUUUUCAGUUUCCUUUUAAGCUGAUCGAUUAAGUUGGUUUGGGUAACGAGAAAAGCGAGAGAAGAAAAAGGUUUCUCGUCUCUUUUUCUUCUUCUUUUGUGUGUGUGUUUUAAUUUUCUGGGUUUUAGGGGUUUCGUUUGCAAAGUCGAGAGCUUUUUUUCUUGGAGCGCUAUAAUGGCGGGUGAUUUUGCGAUUGAAACCGAGAAAUACUCUCUGUUGGAGGAUUUUAAUGUCGAUGUUGAAGUGGAAAACCAAGAGUUUGAGACUUUCUCUCUUUGUUUUUGGGUUUACCUCUUAGAUUCCACCACAUACCCUUCCACAAUCAUCAGACAGGUUCACUCUGGCAUGUGUGUUAGUGCACCUUUCCUUGUCCUUGAUGAAAACAAGAAGAUGAUGCUUUUGCCAUUGACUCUUCUUCACAAGGAAGCCCCUGAUCCUGUAAACACUUCUUCUUGGACUGAAGUUCCUAAUGUUUCUACAAAAGCUGAGUUUCCUCUUCAAAAAUGGGUUCAAGUGGGUUGUGAGGUUUCUAGAAACUACAUGCGCCUUCAUAUUUGUGGAGAGAUUGCAGGAGAGCAAGUCUUGACUUCUUUGAUGAGCAAUGGCACGAAUUCAGAUUGUGCACGAAAGAUCUCGCUAUUUAGUGUUGGUGGAGAUGGUUAUAGCGUUCAGGGUUUCAUCCACUGUGCGGAAGUUUUGCCUUCUAGUGUCCCUGCAAAGUAUCACUACACAAAGGACCCACCUCUUUGGUUAUCUGUUGAGAAGCCAUCCACAUCUGGAAUCGAAUUAGAUGAAGAUGGUGUUUGGACUAUCGUUGGCGGAAUGGCAUCCUGCCGGAAGAUUUUUUCGUUGGAUGUUGUUCUAUCCAAUGCUAUUGGACAGCCUGUGCACAAAGAUGUGAAGGUUCUGGCUUCUCUACUGUAUGCUGAUAGCGGGACGCCUGUUGAGAAGUCGAGUGACUCAGAGGCUCCCCUUUUGGUAACCUAUGAAGGAGUUGAAUUCUCAGCAGAAGAUAAACCAUGCAGCUUAUUGAACGGAUGUGCUUCCUUCAAGCUCAAAAUAUCUCAGCUUUCUUCCAAGAGUGACAAGAGACUGUUCUGCAUCAAAUUCGAAAUACCGAAUAAGGGUUCUUAUCCGUUCCUCGAAGCUGUUACCAACCCAAUCCGUUGCAUUUCAAAGAACCGUGAUUCUGUUGCCCCCAAAAGGUUGAACCACAUUGACCAUUCUUUAGAGUUUGCAUCAAGUAAUGGAGCUUCAGAUAUUCUACAUAGCUCUUCGUCUAUGAAACGGAUCAGAUUAGAAGAAGAAAAGAUACCUGAGAGUGAGUUCGAGAAUGGAAAUGGCACGAGUAUGGAAUGGAAACCUCAGAGCCAUGGAGAAGAAGAAGACGAAGAAGAAGAUAACUCUUCAACUGACUCAGAAAACACCGAAAUUCGAGACUCAUCGGGUUUCAAAAGAUAUACAAUCUCAGACUCGACGAUUUUCAGAUACUGUCUUGGAAACUUAACAGAGAGAUCUCUUCUUCUGAAGGAAAUCACAAACAAUUCAUCCGAUGAAGAAGUUUCGGAAUUUGCAGAUCAAGUCUCUCUCUAUUCCGGGUGCUCCCAUCACAGCUAUCAAAUCAAAAUGGCAAGAAAACUGAUAGCAGAAGGGACAAAUGCGUGGAUUCUGAUCUCUCGGAACUAUCAACGUGUUCAUUGGGAUAAUGUGGUAAUUGAGAUUGAAGAACAUUUUAUGAGAAUAGCUAAAUGCAGCAGUAGAUCUCUCACUCACCAGGAUUUUGAGCUUCUAAGGAGAAUAUGUGGAUGCUAUGAGUACAUAACUCAAGAGAAUUUUGAGAAAAUGUGGUGUUGGUUGUUCCCUGUUGCUUCUGCUAUAUCCAGGGGAUUGAUUAACGGAAUGUGGCGCUCUUCUUCGCCUAAAUGGAUCGAAGGGUUUGUGACUAAAGAAGAGGCAGAACAUUCGCUGCAAAGUCAAGAACCGGGCACAUUCAUUCUCAGGUUCCCUACUUCAAGAAGCUGGCCACAUCCUGAUUCUGGCUCCUUGGUUGUGACGUAUGUCGGUCAUGAUUUCGUUAUUCACCAUAGAUUACUCACAAUCGAUCACAUCUGCGAUUCUAGCGAAAGGUAUACAGAUGCGAAACCGUUGCAAGAUAUGCUUUUGGCGGAACCUGAGCUAUCUCGGCUUGGAAGGAUCAUAAGAAGCAUUUGACACUGAACAAGACAGACAAUCAUCGGUUAUUAUGGAGGUUUCAUUAUACUUUUGCUGAUGUAUAAUAGAUUUGCUAAGUCAUCUUACUGAUGAUACUAACUUCUGUAAAGCUCAGUGAUUUAAAU